AUGUUUGAUACCGGUUCGUCAAAAUCUUUUAUCAAAAGAUCCACUCUUGAUCAAACAAAUCAUUUACCGAUAAAACCAACCAAACAAUCUUAUCUGAUGGCCGAUGGAAAAUCAACAUUCGAUAUUCUUGGUACAGUACAAAUAGCUAUCGAGGCGAAAGGUAUACAAACGGAUAUAAUAGUGGGCAUUGUGGACAAUUUAUGCGUCGAUUGUCUAUUGGGAAUGGACUACAUCGAUAAAAAUCAGGUUAUUCUCGACAACAAAGAAAAACAGGUAUACAUUCAUAAACACGGGGUUUUGGCAUCACUCCCAAUGGAAGGUCUGCAACAAAAAGCCAUGUCAACGUGUCGAUCGGUUUCGUCCAUAUCCAUCGAAUCGCAACAAGAAAGAUCAAUACAACUUGCAUGUCAAGUUCCAUCAGGUCAUAUGUUAUUCUCGCCUACUGAAGUCCUGAAAACGAAAGGAUUGAUUACAGCACAUGCAGUUAUACCAGUCAGAAAUUAUACAGCUACGGUGUGGAUUUACAAUUCAACUAUGGAAGCUCAAACGUUAUAUUCACAAGAAGUUAUAGGUGAAUUAACACCGUAUGCAUCGGUAUCUGUGGUAGCCACCAUUUUCGACUCACAAACAAAAAAUCUAGUUGAUGAAGAUCAAACUGACUCGAUAACAACAGUUAGCACAAAAAAUAUUCAUGCUUUGUUAGAACAUAUCAAUGACGAACAAAAAUCGAACGAAGUAUUGAAGAUCUUCAGGAGACAUCAACAGCUAUUCGACACUUCAAGAACGACAAUAGCCGAUACGGACACUCCACACGUUAUUUGCACUGAGAACAAACCACCACCUACAUCACGACCGUACCCUCAAACUAUUGACAAACAAAAUGCUACGUUUGAUAUCAUCCAACAGAUGUUAAGCAACAAUCAAAUACGGCCGUCUUUUUCACAAUAUUCCGCACCUAUAUUGUUGAUCAAAAAGAGAGAUGGCUCAUAUCGUUUUAUUGUCGACUACCGCAAGCUUAAUAACAUCACGAUUCAAGACAAAUUCCCAUUACCAAACCUCGAACAAGCAAUCCAAAUGGUAGGCGGUCGUCGAUAUUAUUCGAAAUUCGAUCUUCGAUCGGGUUAUUUUCAAAUUCCAAUCAAAGAGCACGACAAACACAAAACGGCAUUUAUCACAACUCACGGACUAUUCGAAUUCAACGUUUUGGCACAAGGUCUUAAAAACAGUCCACCAUCGUUCCAAAGAAUUAUGUCAAGUUUGUUGUCGCCAUGUAAACAGUUCUGUAUUGUCUAUUUAGAUGAUGUAUUAAUAUUUUCGGAUACAUUCGAACAGCAUUUGCAGCAUGUGAAUCAAGUUUUGGCAAUUCUCAACAAGCAUAAAUUUCAACUCAACCCUCCAAAAUGCGAAGUAUUUCGCACGGAAAUAGAUUAUUUAGGUCACACAAUCAGUCGGGAUGGAGUUCGGCCACUACGGGAUCGUAUUGAAAAGAUUUUAUCUAUUCCACAACCAGUAUCAUUGAAUCAAGCAAAUGCCUUUAUUGGUGCUAUUGGGUGGUAUAGAAAAUUCAUCCAUGAUUAUGCUCGCAUCGCUGCCCCUAUAUUAGCUGUUACUAAUCUGACAAAAGCAAACAAAAACAAAUUUCGUUGGGGACAGGAACAACGCGACGCUUUCGAACAAUUGAAAAUGUUAUUAGUUACCGAACCAUUGUUUCUCACUUACCCUGACGAUAAAUUAUCGUUAACAUUAGCAAUCGAUGCGUCAGAUGAGUGCAUUGGAGGUGUGCUUUAUCAAGAAGAUGAAAAUAAUCACAAGAAGAAUAUUUAUUUUCAUUCACAAAUGUUACCAAAGCCACAACGAAAAUGGC